AUGGCGGUGCCACCGUCAUCAGACUUCCCUGUGACCAUGAAAUCGAUGCCGAGAAUCCCGAACUUGAAGACGAUCCGAUCGAGAACGAAACCCUUUCUAACCUUGGAGAUCCACCCCAUCGCCAGCGCCGCCGCCGACGACACCGUAACGGCAGAUGGGACCUCGGGAGAGAAGAUCGCGAGGACAGACAUGGACGAGAACCACAGACCUUGGAAGGAGAAUGGGUUCCUUAUCCAGGAUGGGACUUGGAGAAUGGAGAUGGCGAAGACAGACAUGGUCGACCUGAACCUGCAUCUCGGGGUGGAGGCUGUCGGGACUGUCACUGCAAUUCAUGCGGUCAACUUCUUGAUGGCCCAGGAGGACGUCAACCGGGAUCGGGCUGGGAGUGGAGGGGCAGACACAGGGGCUUUGGUCAUGGAGGCGAACCGGGAGGGAAUACAGCUCGAGGGUCUUUCGGAGACGGCCAGGAUUACGAGGUCGCCUGGAGAGGGGCGAGAGAACGCGAACAAGGCUUGGAGGGAGGAAUUGAUGGGGUGGUGGACAGGAUGA